UAAUAUGAGUUAAAUUAAUGAACAGUAUGCAGCAUAACAGCCAACAAAAACCAAACUAAGAAACAAGAAGAAAUAAAUUCACACAAAAAUAAAAAAAACAAUGCAAAUGAGGCAUUUGAAUACAUGACAUGGAUACAUGUUUUAGCGGAUCUAAAACAGCAAACCUCUCAGCACACAAAUGUCAGCUGAACAAAGCCAAAACAUUAAGCCACCAUACAGUAUGUUAACACAAGCAGCAAGAAGUUACUUAGCUUUGAGAAGCGAAGCGGUGAUUCUCGGUAUCCCAGCUUUAAAUAUCCCUUUUGUGAAUUUAGUUAAAUUAGUUAGUUAGCCAGUUUAGAAACGACGUUUGAGGACCGCAGCUGAAAAACUAACGCAGGAUACCGAGUGGAGGCUAAAGAGGGCAGAGGCGUGUUGGAUGGGGGCCACAGCCAGGCCUGAUGGCAGGAGCCCAGAACACAUCAAGCUCUGAUCACGUCCUCUAGAAGCCACAGAGGUGCUACAGUUCACGUGGUGACACUGAAAAGGUUGUGUGCCCAUGAGGUCGUCCAUGCUGGUCCUGUUCCUCCUCUUUAGUGUGCAGGCUGUGGCCGCCAUCGGAGGAGCAGCACAGCAGCAGUGUCCAGGCAACAACCCCAGCUCCCUCCCCACAGUGGACCCUAAACUCUUCACCAAACGGCGCUACCUCUCUCCCAGGGUGCUCUUCAGCGCUCAGCCCCCUGAUGCAGAGCCGGCAGGGUCACAGAGUGCCGGCAGAAGGACCCGCAGGCGAGCAGGGCAGCCUCAGCACCGUGGAGUUUACUCAGUGUGUGAGAGCAUCAGCGUCUGGGUGGGCAACAAGACCAAAGCCACAGACAUCACAGGCAAUGAGGUGACAGUGCUGCCAGACGUGAAUAUCAACAAUGUCAACAAGAAGCAGUACUUCUUUGAGACGACGUGUCACAGCGCCCGCGCAGGCAGCUCUGGAUGUUUGGGAAUUGAUGCCAGACACUGGAACUCCUACUGCACCAACUCCCACACUUUUGUACGAGCGCUGACUUCCUUUAAGAAAAUCGUAGCGUGGAGGCUCAUACGCAUCAACGUGGCCUGCGUGUGCGUGCUGAGCCGCAAGUCAUGGCGGCAGUGAAGACUUCAACACGCACAUCACGCACACAGGAUCUCACACACACACUCAGUGAAAUACAGUACAAACACAGACAUACUCAUCACCAAAGACUUCUCACCUUCUGCACAAACUAAAUUAUUGGUAUAUGACAAAGUAUCAGGACUGCAUGUAUAUACACCAGGCCUGGGUCAAAGAGUAUCUGAAGUUUGUAGAUAUUAUUUUUUACAUGUUAAGGAGAAACAAACAUUAAGAGGUUGUUGCUGUCUUAGCUGUGGUUUGUAACAGGUUCUCCUUGCAGAGGAGCUGAGUUCAAAGUCUGUUUACAGGUCUCGGUGAGUACUACUGCAUUCAUAACAACAUCUGUAGAAAGUAUUUUGUGGCUCUGAUAAACUGAUGUCACUUGAGUCAGUGUCAGCUGAAGACUAGAAGUUUGAAAAUAAAAUAUUUGGAGGUGUGGAGCUUACUAGACUUCUGUAGCCUGCUCUUUAUCUCUGCUGGAGGCUCGCAGCUUGAGGCGACUUCAGCAUAACACACCCAAAUAUUCACCCGAACUGUUGGCAGUUGAACUGUCGGUAAUAAAGGCACCGGGUUUUCAUAAGGGAACAAUGCACUGAAUAAAAAAGACAAUAUUUUAUGAAUACACAAACAUCAUGGGAAAGAAAUCCUAAACCAGUGGAAUACUCUCUUAAAAGUAAGCCAACUUGUAGUGUAGUGUAGUGAAGACUAAAACAUACAAAUGACUUGGCCCUAGUUCCAAUAAAAUAUAUGAGAAAACUUUAGCAGCAGGUCUGAUUUGAUAUAAUUGAUCAUAUAUAUGAUUAGAGCUAGAGCAUCAGAGACAGGAAUGCUGCAUCUGCCAAAGUUUGUGGAAAUUAUGCAUUAUUCUGCAAAAACAACUUUUUAAAAUUUUAUUUUGUUUCAUGUGAAAACAUUAAUAUCUCCAGAAGCAAUGACCAUGUGAAAUCACAACAAUCUAAUAUAUUUAAUAUGGAUGAAUAUGGAUUGAUAAAUAUGGAUUAAAUAAUUGGAAAUUUGUGACAAUAAAACAUACAAAAUAAGAUCAAAUUGCCAGCUACUGCCAUACAAGAUUAGACAUGAAAAUCAUAUCAGGAGAAUUUAAACUCACAUUGAAGAGUGGACAAAUUGGAUUGAAGGUGCAUGAAAUUAUGGUUCCAACAAAACCAAAGAAUGCAAAACAUACAAAAGAAGUUGUGUCACAUCUUCUCAAACGUUCAAAUCAUGUCCAAAUAAUAGGCUAAGGUUACCCUUCAAGCCAAAAAAUUAUUCAUCAUAGCUAAUGACAUUUUAUACAAUCAUAAAAAAUAAGAAUGUGUUCUCAUCUUAGUUUCUGAGCUGCAGUCAUCUAUCUCAUUCUCUUUUCCAGUUUAAAAGACCUCUGGUACCCUGUUAAAUGUAACCACCUCUUUAAGCAGAAAGACGUUUUUCUCUUAAGUUUAAAAGUGGAGGAUUUUUACAGUGCCCCCGAACCACAACUAAACCGUAGCUUAGCCAUAAGUAUGAUUAAGUUACCUUUAAAGUAUCUGUUACACAUGGCCACAGGUGAGUCAGACUAGUAAAACUGUAAGUGAGAAGAAAUUAGUUUCAGCUCUUUGACUUUGACCAUUAUGAUUAACAGCUAAGGAAGGAAAUUAAAUAUAGCUCUAGAAACACAAACUGUGUGUAUUUUGUCCUUUAAAGUCGAGCUUCUUGAACUUGAUUUGAACAUCAGAUCUGAUUACUUAUUGUAACAUUUAAGUGACCACCACAGGACUCAGGAACUGUUUUAAACUGACACAGCAAUGGUGUUUUAAGAAACAACGUGAUUUUGCUCAGGUUUAAACUUGUCAUGAACCUUAAACCACUGUUAAGAUAGUGACAGAGCAACAGGCCUGUAAGAGUUUUAGCAACACAACACAGUCCUGCUAAAUUAUAGUAUUUUUCUGCCACCAAUUAUAUUGUCCUAAAGCAGAUAACACUCACUCCGACUGACACAACCCACAACAUUUUGGAAAUACAAAUUGACCCAGGUCUGAUAUAAGUAAAACUUUUGUUAAAAUGUUGUUGUUGUUAUUGUUAUUUAUUAAACACUUACAUACAU